AUGUGUUGUUCCCGAAGCGUGGUUGUGCUGGCUGCGUUGUGGCUGGUAGUUGGAGCAGCUUCCACUCCAGUGAGGCGCUCCCCCGACCUGGAGGCAAGACGUAGAAGCGCCAUUGACCGCAGUAUGAUAAGGUUCGGAAGAUCCUAUCCACCAGAAGUGUCAGCGGCUGACAUUCGAGAGGCUCUGCAGCUCCCGGUCCGUAGAGGAAACAGCUUUCUCCGUUUCGGAAGGUCACAACCGCCUUCCUUGACCACCGACGACUUAGUAUCUCUCCUGAGAAGUUAUGAUGAAGAAUACGAUACCUCUAAAAGAUCUCCAAGUUUCAUCCGCCUGGGUCGCAACCCUAGCUUCGUCAGAUUGGGCCGUUCUUCCAACGAUGAGAAGGAACAAAGUGCUGAGCUGAUAGUAAGUGGUUACCCUCACAGAAAUAGCAGAGCGAGGGACCACUUCAUCAGACUCGGCAGGGAUAGUGAGGAAAUGGAUAAGAGUGAGUUUGAAGAAGACGAGAGAAGGAAAAGGUCCACUGAAUGCGACGGGUGCGAGGCGUAA